GCAGGGUACUCCAAAGCUUCGAUUUUCUACGGAGCUGAUGAGUACUUGGAAGAGCUCAAGAAGAAGUAUGAGCGCGAUCACGAAAUCGCAACUUUGAAGAGUGCACAGCCGGAUGAGGGUGACCCGCAUGCGGACAACGUGAAGAAGAGCAAGGACAAGAUCCUGUCCGUGGAAAAGAACGACGAGAACAGAAGCCUGAAGACAGGCCGCUUGUUCCCGAUUCCGAACAAACCUGAUCCCAUGCCGCCACAGCUCGCGUUUCUCUUCACCAAGAUCACACCUGAACAAAUGAUCUACAUGUGGAAUGUUCUGACAACAAUAUUUGUUGUUCAGUGCCUCAUGAUUCUGAGCUAUUGCUUUGCGCUGGCAUCCUUCCCAGAGAGCUUCUGGACCUGCACUCUUUGCUUCGCCGUGCCCUUCGCAUACAUCUGCAUCCAGCAGAUCUAUAUCGACCACGACGUGAUGCAUGGCGUGACCUUCCCGCCGUACGAGUUCCAGAAGUUUCUCACACACCCAUUCUCGGACUUUGUGAGCCUUCCCUGGGAGGAGUUUGUCUUGGAGCACGCCCGGCACCACGCCAGUACCGUCGAUCUGCUGAUGCAGGGGGAGUUUGGCUGGGACCCGGAGGAGUUCCACUAUGCUCUGCAGCAGUGGGCAGGGCCAAUGGGCCCCAACUGGUACAAGUACCUGCUGACAGUGCCCUGGAUCCCG